AUGAAGGCGCUGGUCCUGCUCCUCAUCAGCUCCGCGCUCAUCUCUGGGAGUCUGGGGAAGCCGGUGUUUCCAGAGCGAGAAAAGGAUCCAAAGUUUUGGAAUGCGUGGGCUCAAAAGACUUUGAAGAACGCUCUGACACUGCAAGACCUGAACAAAAAUCAAGCAAAGAAUUUGAUCUUGUUCCUCGGAGAUGGCAUGGGUGUUCCAACUGUGACAGCGGCUCGGAUUCUGAAAGGACAGCUCAGUGGACAAAGCGGAGAGGAGACUCUGCUGGAAAUGGACAAAUUCCCCUUUUUAUCCUUGGCUAAGACGUACAACACCAAUUCGCAGGUGCCUGACAGCGCGGGGACGGCCACAGCGUAUCUGUGCGGAGUCAAAGCGAACGAGGGGACUGUCGGAGUGAGUGCAGCUGCCGUCCGCUCUGACUGUAAUACAACUGAAGGCAACCAGGUCACAUCCAUCCUAAAAUGGGCCAAGGAUGCAGGAAAGUCGGUGGGGAUUGUGACGACCACUCGCGUCAACCAUGCCACUCCCAGUGCUGCGUAUGCUCAUUCUGUGGACCGAGACUGGUACUCCGACAACGAGAUGCCAGCCGAAGCCCUGCAGGCCGGCUGCAAGGACAUUGCCAGACAGCUAUUCGAAAACAUCCCCAACAUUGAUGUCGUCAUGGGAGGAGGCCGCAAAUACAUGUUCCCCAAAAACGAGUCAGACGUUGAAUACCCCAAUGUCGCAAAGCACAGCGGCACACGGAAAGAUGGCAGAAACCUGGUGCAGGAAUGGAUUACAAAGAUGCAGAAUAAGAACAGUCAUUAUGUAUGGAACAAGAGUCAGCUCCUAUCACUAAACCCUGCCAAUGUGGAGUACCUGCUUGGUCUGUUUGAACCUGGGGAUUUGCCGUACGAGUUGGAGAGGAACACAGACACUGAUCCUUCACUCACAGAAAUGGUGGACGUGGCAAUCAAAAUCCUAAAGAAAAACCCAAAUGGAUUUUACCUGCUUGUGGAAGGAGGCCGUAUUGACCAUGGACAUCACGAGGGCAAGGCCAAGCAAGCUCUGCAUGAGGCAGUGGAAAUGGACCGUGCUAUUGGCAGAGCUGAUCUUUUGACCAGCACCCACGACACGAUGACGGUGGUCACUGCAGACCACUCUCACGUCUUUAACUUCGGGGGCUACACUGUACGAGGAAACACAAUCUUUGGUCUGGCACCCAUGCUCAGCGAUGUGGACCAGAAGCCCUUCACUGCCAUCCUGUACGGGAAUGGGCCCGGCUACAAGAUCGUGAAUAGUGCAAGAGAAAAUGUCUCCACCAUUGAUUACCAGGACAACAACUACCAGGCCCAGGCCGCAGUCCCCUUGAGCAUGGAGACCCACGGUGGGGAGGACGUGGCCGUCUUCGCCAAAGGUCCUCUGGCUCACCUGCUCCACGGGGUCAACGAGCAGAACUACAUCCCCCACGUGAUGGCCUACGCCGCCUGCAUCGGUCAGAACAGAGACCACUGCAGCACCAGGGGAAAUGGCGAACAUCUGCACCCCUCCUUAGCCGCUCUCGUAUCUCUACUCACAAUAACUCGUCUGAUUUGCUGA